GCAAAGUACACCAAACCACUGCCACACAUAUCACAACACACAGCGAGAGUGAGAGUGAGAGUGAGAGUGAAGAUGGAAGACACGAAACCCGUUGAGAUCAGCAGCUCAAAGAUGUUCGGUGGUUACAACAAGAGAUUCAAACAUUUCAGCCCCACUCUCGGUUGCUCCAUGAACUUCCACAUCUACUUCCCUCCUUCUCCAUCAUCAUCUUCUUCUCACAAAUUCCCUGUGCUUUACUGGCUCUCCGGUCUCACUUGCACUGACGAGAAUUUCAUUUUCAAAUCGGGUGCUCAACGUGCUGCUUCCAACGAAGGUGUUGCUUUGGUUACCCCUGAUACCUCUCCGAGAGGCUUGAAUGUGGAAGGAGAAGCGGACAGCUGGGACUUUGGUGUAGGUGCAGGAUUUUAUCUCAAUGCUACACAAGAGAAAUGGAAGAAUUGGCGCAUGUAUGACUAUGUUGUCAAGGAAUUGCCAAAGCUUCUAAGUGAUAACUUUCCAGAGCUUGAAACAUCAAAAGCUUCUAUAUUUGGCCAUUCUAUGGGCGGGCAUGGUGCUUUAACAAUCUACCUGAAAAAUCUGGAUAAAUAUAAGUCAGUUUCUGCCUUCGCACCAGUUGCAAAUCCUAUAAAUUGUCCUUGGGGACUGAAGGCAUUCACAAACUAUCUGGGUGGCAAUAAAUCAGAUUGGGAGGAUUACGAUGCCACUUGUUUGGUAACAAAGUUUCCCAAUGUAUCUGCCAGCAUUUUGAUUGAUCAGGGGGAAGAUGACAAAUUUUUGCAAGACCAACUGCUCCCUCACAAGUUUGAAGAGGCAUGCAGGAAUGCCAAUGUUCCACUGCUGUUACGUCUUCAACCUGGUUAUGAUCACUCUUAUAAUUUUAUUGCCACCUUCAUAGAUGAUCACAUCCGACAUCAUGCUCAAGCUCUUAGGCUUAUUUAAAUUGUGUUCACUCUGAUGAGCUAGAACUAUCUUGAAUACUAAUAAGCUGUUUGCCGGUGUUGUAAUACCUUGGUAUUUGACUAUGGGUUGGAACUUGUUUCUUCAUGUAAUCAUGCCAGUUCGAAACUAAUCCAUGUCUAAGGAAUGUAUAAUUAUUUAAUAUAAUUUGUUGAAUAUAUUAUAACUAUAAUAAA